GAUCAAGGGAUACACCAUAUGUGUGCUUCAAAAUUCAACACCAAAUAAUAUUCAAAAUAUAACGACAGUUCAUUUGACGCAUUAAAAUGCUUUUGGCACGGCUCACACAUGUCCUUCCCGCCAGAUCGACGCGCUUACUAUUCAGAUCGCCCAGCGUUAGCCAAAGGCUAUGGAAAUCGACUUUACAGACAACCAGAAGCCAUAUCAACUCCAAGGAUUUACCAGCUGUUAAGCCAAGCAAAUGGCUGCUACCAGGUCGCCCCAAUAUAAUGCGCUGGUAUUCGGAGGGCUCGCGUGGACCGCGCGACCGAUCACACCUGGAUCAGCGCACACGUGGACCCUCGCUUAAGGAACGACUCAUGGGACCACCAACGGAAAAUGCGUACUCCAUGGGCAAGGGAGCGGCGGCGGGUGCAGCGCUGAUGGGUCUUGUGGCGCUCUGCUAUUAUGGCUUCGGCCUGUCGCACGAGCCAAGCAUCUACGAUCACUCGGUCAUGUGGCCCCAUUACGUGCGCGACCGCAUUCAUGCCACCUACGCCUACUUUGGCGCCUCCUGUGCCGUGACUGCCGCCUCAGCGGCAGCUGUUUUCCAAUCAGAUGCAAUGCUCAAUCUGAUUAUGCGCAGCGGCUGGAUGGCCUCGCUGAUUACGCUUGGUCUGGUGAUGGGCACGGGUGCUUUGUGCCAGAGCUUGACCUACGAGCCGGGGCUGGGAGCCAAGCAGCUCGCCUGGGCGCUACACUGCGGGGUUUUGGGCGCAGUUAUAGCGCCCAUAUGCUUCUUGGGCGGUCCCAUUCUGGUUCGAGCCUUGCUCUACACUGGCGGCAUAGUCGGCGCUCUCUCCACGGUGGCAGCCUGUGCGCCAAGCGAAAAGUUUUUGACCAUCGGUGGUCCAUUGGCCAUUGGACUUGGAUUGGUGUUUGCCUCCUCGCUGGCCUCCAUGUGGCUGCCACCCACCACAGCCCUCGGCGCCGGUCUGGCCUCCAUGUCGCUCUACGGCGGACUGAUACUGUUCAGCGGCUUUUUGCUCUACGACACACAGCGCGUUGUAAAGGCGGCUGAGAGCUAUCCAGAGCACGGCUACGUUCGCUUUGAUCCCAUCAACCACGCUUUAGCCAUUUACAUGGAUGCUCUCAACAUUUUCAUUCGCAUUGCCAUCAUUUUGUCCUCAGGAGAUCAGCGCAAAAAGUAAAAGCCGCAGACGUCAAAAGCAAAUUUAUCGAAUACGUUUUCACCUUUCAACAGGCAAUAACUAUGUAUGUAAAUUGUUAAAAUUAUUCGCGAAUUUAUCUAUAUACAUAUGUUGUCAGCACUUUAGAAA